AUGAAUGGGGCUGGCCAUGAGAAGAAUGGAACAGAGAAGCGCCCUGGGUGUACAGAAAUUUUUCAGGACACUAAGGAAAAUCCUUCCGCAUUUCUUGACCGCCUUACCAAAGCCAUGUUACAGUUUACGAACAUGGAUCCAGAAUCCACUGAGGGCAGACAGCUUCUGAUGACCCAUUUCUUCAACCAGUGCUACCCGGAUAUCAAAGCCAAGCUCAGACGUUUUGAAAACGUGGCCUUCAAAAGUCAAGACCAGCUUUACACCUGGGCUGCAGUUAGUCAACCCACACAUUCCAUGGACUACAACGAAGGGCGGUUUCCCAGGGGAGAAGCAUCCAGGCUUCCUGAUGAAGAACACAGUCCCAAGGAUGUUGAUGCAGAACCUCAAUCCUCUAUUUUGGAAAGCCCGAAAAAAUGUCCAAACGAUGUCCAGCAGGAACUUUACGAUGUGAAGUCUGAAGGACAGGCAACUGUAAUUCAACAACUGGAACAAACCAUCAAGGAUCUGCGGACAAAAAUAACAGAGCUAGAAAAACAGUAUCCAGCCCUGGACUUGGAGGGCCCCAGAGACCUUCUAGGACUGGAGAAUGGAUUUCCAGCCUCUGCAGAAGUUGGUCUGGAUGCUCUCAGAUUGCAUGGGAAGGUGGCACAGCUUACAAGAACUCUUCAGGCCAAAUCAAUACAAACUUCCCCUACAGAAGAGGGUGGGAUCCUGACUCUGGCACCUUUAAAGUCACGGCCGGAAGGUCCACCAUGCCCACCUGCAGCUGAAAUUGGAGAAUCAGCUGUUCUGCCCUCACCCUCUGGACCUCAGACAAAGUUCUGUUCUGAGAUUUCCUUGAUUGUGUCUCUAAGGAGAAUAUCAGUACAGCUUGAGGCCCAGUCAGUCAUGCAGAAUACAUCACAACUCCGUUCUCUUCCUCCCUCUCUCUCUGGGUCUGAUGGUCAAGGACUGCCCCUCCACCCUUCUCUGUAUACUGGAUUAGAAACCAGCCAUGAACAUUCUGUUUUGUCCUCCUUGGAAAACAGCUGUAAUAUCCCCCACCCCCCCGUACCACCUCUGCCUUGUACAGAGUCCUCCAGCUUCAUGCCUGGCCUGGGCAUGGCGAUUCCCCCACCUCCUUGUCUCUCUGACAUAACAGUGCCUGCUCUGCCCAGUACAACAGCCCCACAAUCUACCAGUCUACAGGGAACAGAAAUGCUGCCCGCCCCUCCCCCACCUCCUCCACUCCCAGGACUUGGAAUACCCCCUCUCCUUCCUCUCCCUGGUGUGGAAAUGCCCCCUUCCCCUCCUCUCCCUGGAAUGGGAAUACCCCCUCCUCCUCCUCUUCCUGGAGUGGGAAUACUUCCUCCCCUUCCUCCUCACCCUGGAGUGGAGAUACCUUCUCUCCCUCCUCUUCCUGGAAUGGGAAUACCUCCUCCCUCUCCUCUACCUGGAAUGGAAAUACCUCCCCCUCAUCCUUUCCCUGGAGUGGGAAUAGCCCCUCCCCCUCCUCCUCCCCCUGGAGUGGGAAUACCCCCACCUCCCCCACUUCUUGGAGUGGGCAUACCUCCUCCCCCUUCUCUACCUGGAGUUGCUAUUCCUCCACCUCCUCCUCUCCCAGGUGUGGGGAUUCCUCCAGCCCCAUCUCUCCCUGAGGCAGGCAUCCCUCCACCUCCUCUGCUUCCUGGCUCAGGUCCUUCCCUCUCCUCACAAGUUGGGAGUAGUGCUUUACCACCUCAAGUGUGUGGAUUUCUUUUUCCUCCAUUGUCAACUGGCUUAUUUGGAUUGGGGAUGAAUCAGGACAGAGGCACUAGGAAGCAGCCAAUUGAGCCUUGCCGGCCAAUGAAGCCUCUCUAUUGGACAAGAAUUCAACUCCAUAGUAAAAGAGACUCCAGACCAUCACUUAUUUGGGAGAAAAUUGAAGAGCCCUCCAUAGAUUGUCAUGAAUUUGAAGAAUUAUUUUCUAAAACUGUGGUAUGAUGGAUGAAGGAAAGAAAGAAACCCAUUCCUGAUACAAUCUCAAAGACAAAGGCAAAACAACUCAAUGCCCCAUUUUAUUAUUGGGUUGAUUAG